AUGACCGCCAGGGGGGCCUGCGCGGCGGCGUCAUUGGCCUCCGGCCUCAAGCGGCUGGACCUGGAAAUCAACCAGCUUGGGGACGAGGGAUGCAAGUUCGUGUCGCAGAAGGUCCUGCUUCGUGUCAGCACCACGCUGCAACACCUCGACCUAGGGAUGAACUCCAUCGGCCGCGAGGGGGCCCUGGCUCUGGCGGAGGCGCUCGGCGCGAACACGGCCCUGACACGGCUGGAUCUUGGCUACAACCGCAUUGGCUCCGAAGGAGCCGAGGCCCUGGCGCAAGCGCUGAUGAGCAACACAACACUCAAGGUCCUGCGGCUGGAGGACAAUGCCGUGGGAGACUUGGGCGCCGCUGCGCUGGUCUCUGGCGCCGGGAGGCUCCAUGAACUAGAGCUGGCUUUCAACCAGGUACGAGCUGAAGGCGCCGUGGCCGUGGCAGCUGCGCUUCGCUCGCAUGGCGCCCUGCGGCGUCUGGGCCUCCAGGGCAACGAGCUGCGGGAGCCCGAUGACAGGGCAAAGUUCGAGACUUCGAGAACUUGA